UAUUGCUUUACAACAUGCGACCAUAAAACAAUUAGCCCAAUGUGCUGACUGAUAGAAUUGAGGUCCAUUUUGGGUACCGCUGCAGUACAGGUAUAUAUAUAAUGUAUGUUGUGUUUUCGUCUCUCAUUCAUUCGACCCCUGCGAGGCGCUAGAACGGGAAACGUGGGACUCGCUUGCAACAGUUUUAGUGGAAGACGGCUUCAACUCGCAAUAGGACCCAGAGAAGCCACGAUUUCUCCCGUUGUGGGUCUGGCCAGCCAGAGCGCAGACAACAAAAGCAGGCUUGGAUUGUCUUUUUCUUUCUGCAUCCACACCCUGUCCACACUGCACACAAUUUGGUUUGUUUGAUCUUCAAAUCUGAUCAAUUAACUGAAGCAUGUUCCAAGAUAAAGAGCUGGAUUUCGGCCAUUUUGACGAAAGGGACAAGACACGUUACUCAAAGGGUUCCAGGAUGAAUGGUUUACCAAGCCCCACACACAGCGCUCAUUGCAGUUUCUACCGUACCCGAACCUUGCAGGCCCUUACUACUGAGAAGAAAGCCAAGAAGGUCCGCUUCUACCGUAACGGAGAUCGGUAUUUCAAGGGCAUUGUGUAUGCUAUAUCUGCAGAUCGCUUCCGUUCUUUUGACGCCCUGCUGGCAGACCUGACCCGAACCUUGUCUGAUAAUGUGAACCUCCCACAGGGAGUUCGCAUUAUCUUUUCCAUUGAUGGGCUUGGGAAGGUUACCAGCCUUGAUGAACUGGAGGAAGGGGAGAGUUAUGUUUGCUCAUCACAUGACAUCUUCAAAAAGGUGGAUUACACCAAGAAUGUAAAUCCCAAUUGGUCUGUGAAUGUCAAAGCUUCUGCGACCCAGAAAGUACCACAGUCCCUGGCCAGUGCCAAGCACAUGACGGAGGUCAAAGAAACCAAGGACUUUGUUCGCCCUAAACUGGUGACUGUCAUACGGAGUGGAGUCAAGCCACGGAAAGCAGUGAGAGUUCUGCUCAACAAGAAAACAGCACACUCCUUUGAGCAAGUUCUUACUGACAUCACUGAGGCCAUCAAGCUGGAAACUGGGGUCGUGAAGAAGCUGUACACCUUGGAUGGCAAGCAGGUGUCAUGUCUACAGGACUUUUUUGGGGAUGAUGAUGUGUUCAUUGCUUGUGGCCCAGAAAAGUUCCGAUAUGCUCAAGAUGACUUUUCACUGGAUGAAAAUGAGGUGCACAGAAGCCAGAAGCUGGGAGGUUUUGAUGUUGAAUGUCGUGUGGUGAAGACAAAUCCUGGUGCCAAAUCAGCUAAUGCCUCACAGAGGUCCACAGGCAAGAGCUCUGGAGCUUCCCGGCGUAGUAAGUCCCCUGCGGACUCUGCCAAUGGAACCUCUAGCAGCCAGCUCUCCACUCCCAAGUCCAAUAAGUCUCCAGUCUCAACACCCAUUUCUACACCAACCAGCCCAGGCUGCCUUCGCAAGCACAAGGAUCUGUAUCUGCCACUUUCUCUGGAUGACUCGGACUCACUGGGUGACUCGAUGUAAGCCAGAAGAGUAAUGGAAGGCUGCAACUUGUCAUCUGAACCAGUGAGACUUGGAAAAGGAAUUCUGCCCAGUGUGCAGAGGUUAUUGAUCUUGGUGUUUACUAAUUGCCAAGUGACACCAAAACAAAAUUGCCCUGUUUUUAACAGUUUGUCCUUCUCAUGAGAAACCUAGUAUCUUGGAAUAUCACUGCCUUUUUCUAAACAUCAGAUAUGAAGCACUGUGAGAAAACUUCAUAAUAACACAAGCAGGUCUCUUGUACGCCAUUUGUUCUUUGAAAUUUAUGGUCCCUGGUUUUGUGUUUUUUUAAUGGUACUGUGUGAUUCUCCAUUUCUCUUUGAUAUUUGAUGUGCAGUUAUUGUAUGCUUCAUUUAUAAAUCUGGUUUUAGUUAUUAAAGACCUCUGCCAGUUUUUCUUUUUUAAGAAAAUCCUCUGCUGCGCGGACAUGUUUAACAUCUGAUUUGUUUAAAAAAAGGAGGACAGAAAAAAAUCUCCAAAAAAAUCAUUAACUAAGAUGCAAACAUUUAGUUUAAAAUAAAAAUGACAUUGAUUUGAGAAUGGGAAAGUAAUUUCAGAAGAGUACAGGUUAAUGAGACUAAGGCAUUAAUUUUCUAAAAUUAAAUUUGAUCACAUUUGUUUAAUACUUUUUUUAGUGAUAAAAUGAGUCUGAUUCUUGCUUUAUAUGACAUUUUGAAUGGAUAGAACUAUUUAGGGUUAGAGUGAGACAGCAAAUUUACAUUUUACUAAUAAGAACAAGUUGUUCAUGCGCUUUUUUAUUUGUGAAUGUGUUCACCGUGCAAUUAUAUUCAAACCAGUUUAUAAAUAGAUUUACUGAAUAGCAUUAAUAGAAUACUUGUAAAAGCUGGUGGUGAAGGUUUUUCUUUGAAGACAGAUUUGAUAGGGAAAAGGGAACAUUAACUUGCCACUGGACUAGGAUUAGCAUGAAAUAAACUUGCCAUGCAUGAGACUUAUCUUCUUCUUUUUCUUGAUUCAUAAUGUUUACAACCUUGUUUGAUUUGGUGUGGCAUUUAGCUUGCAGGCUGAUUUUGCUCUGAUGUGGAAUUCAAAUUUCAGUGCAGUACAAUUUCUUUUGUUUCGGUAGCUAAGUUUGGAAGAUUGGUCAUGAGUAUUUCUCCAUGCUGUUGUCCAGCUGCAGAGUGCCUCCAUUGUUCUCUUUCCCCUUCCCCAAAGAACAAAAAAUUGGCUCCAUGUUGCGCUGGAAUUCCCAAUGCUGUGAACUCCACUCUAUUCACUGUUGCGUGGUGGCCCCUGAAGCAUUCACUUAACAGUCACAGGCUCGGCAAUUGUUUGAAUAUUGUGACCCCCUUCCACUUGCAAUCAGGAAAAGGUUGUUGUUGAAAUUAGUCGGCCGAUGAUCCCACUCCCGCAGAUUAGCAGAUUAUCUACUGAUUGGCAUACCUGAGUGACUAUUCUCUUUCAGGGAUAUCAGUGUGUCACAAUACAAAAAUUAUUGCCAUCUGAUGCUUCAAUUAUCAUUCAGUUCCCCUCCAAAAUGAGGUAGCAAGGUAGUAUAAAAUGUUGUCAAUUAGAAUAACAUAGCUAAACAGUGAGUGAGGGGAAAAUAUGGGUUUAUCAUUGGUAAAUUUUGCCCUCUCAACGUACUUGCAUGAAUUUUGCUUAAUCUCCUAGCCAUUCCCUAAUCAGCCAGCAUUCUUCAUCAAGUUCUAAUGUCAGUUCAAAUCAUCAAACCUAGUUCCAUGAAUCAGCAAGUUUGGAAUCAUAUUAAAUGAUGUUUUGAGAAGGUGGCAAAUGUCACACCUUCCAGAGAAUUAUUCCUCACAUACGUAACAUCAGAAAAGGUCUAAAGAAGAAUUUUAUAUUCUUUAAAACAUGUGUUCCAGUUACCUUUAGCUCAAUGAGGACUCGGGAUUUUGGGAUUGAGUUUUUAUAUCCCUGAGUUGUGUUUUUUUUCUCUCCCCUUCUGCUUGACUCCUCUUGAGUCAUGACUGAGCUGCAGAGCAACAAAUGGCCUGUUGGGUUUCAGACAUUUAUUGCUGGCCUUCUUAGGUCAACUUUAGUUGUCAAAAUGACUGCUGCAGCAUGUAGGUGGACAUGGAGCGAAAGGCUCUUGGCCUGUCUGGAAGUCUGGUCUGUUCCCAGGAGGGCUUCCUUGGCCAGUUAAGUUAGCCCCUGCUGCCCAAGGGCAGUUAGCUGCAUGACAUUUCUAUUAAUUUUGGAGGCAGGUUUGACACUCACUGGUUUCUGAACCACCCAAUACUAUUCGCUGCAGUCAACAGUAUGGAAAACAUAAUGAAUUUUUGUAACACCAGCCUUAUUUUUUGAAAAACAUCGCUGGUUUCCAGGGAGUCAGUGAUAACAUCACUGGAAUAGCAAUCCAGAAGCCCAGGCCGCUAUUCUGGGUGUCUGGAUUAGAAUUUCACUGUGCUAAAUGGUGAAGACUGAAUUUAAUAAAAUCUGGAAAAAAGUGCUGGCUUAGUGACAACCAUGUAAUGUCAAUUGUUGUAAAAAUCCAUCUGGCUCACUAAGGUCCUUCCAUGAAGGAAAUCUGCCAUCCUUACCAGGCCUGACUGACGUGGCCCCACAUCCAUAGCAACACGAUUCACUCUUAACUUCCCCAUGGGCAAAUAAAGGUAGGUAAUAACUGCUGGCCCUACCAGAGCACCUGCAUCCCAGGAAUAAAUAUGAACAAAAUGUCUUGAUUUUUUUCUGAUUGCCAGCAAGCCCAGGCAACAGAUUCCAUCUUCGUUUUCUGUUUGGUAACAGACUGGUAGAUGAUACACCUCUUGGUACAAGUUCCUCCUUCUGACUUCUCCCAAUAUAAGGAUUCUAUUACAGGUUGCUCUUCUUUCCAGUGGGCUGAAGAUGGGAGGACGAUGCCUCAAGCGUUGUUCUCUAGAAGUCAAUUCAAAAAGAGGUCAAUUGGACUCAGUCACAGAACAGCAAUAGAUGGUACAAAUAAACCCACAUUGCACCCAACGGUGUAUUAAGAGCUUCAGGAUUAAAGAGUCCUCAGACCAAUCUCUUUGAUCUCUAGCUUUGGUGUCAUUUGAACUCUCUUGACAAAUCUGCAGCUUAAAGUGUGUCUGUGUGUUCCCUUAAGAAAGAGAAGUAACCUCAGCAGGGAGACAAUUUCCAAAAUUAUUCCUCUUAGCUGGACAGAACAGCAGCUGUAUCAACUAAUUGAGAAACCUGAAGUUUGGAUCAUUCCAGUCUUCUGGCAGAAAGAAAGCAUAAGUAAACCUGUGAGUUGUGAGAGGAGAAUGGUUGGAGGAAGAAUAGUCAAAUGAGCUGAAGCCACAUCAGAUUAAUUCUCAGUCAGACAGGCUAAGUGCAACUCAUAAGAAGUAAACAGAGUGCAAGGUUAAAAUUUGGUUAAGAACAGUGUGUUAUUCAAAUGAUGUCUCACGCACAGGUGACCUAUAGGCAUAAUGGCUGUGUUUGUUGUGAAAAUACAGAUGGCCCAUUUGUAAUUGUAUUAAUUUCAGUGCUUGAGGCACAUUAAAGACCAGAGGCUUUUGGCCUAUUGUGAAACAGACACAGCCUGAGUGCUGAUUUACAUUUAAUCUAGCAUUAACCUGUGUAUUUUCACACUUGUAAUGGCCAUUAUAUUGUGGAACUCCUUCCGUGGGAAGUGAGACGACUGUUGCUCUGGAUUCAUCCUGUUCACAUUGAGGGUUGGGCCAAGAGCACCUUGAAGGAACAGAGCGUGUGAAAAGUUAAGCACGAGCAGUUAUUCCCAAGUCUGUUUUGCAGGGGGCUUUCCCCAAGAAAGUAUAGGCCCACAAUCUGAACCUUGUAUUACCGGGCAGUGUUGGCCUGAUGAGCAGCAGCCACAAGAAAAAGAAGUUCACGCUAAAUAAGUUGGUUGCCACUGUUGGCCCUUUGGUUUUAGAGGUAGAAGGAGAGACUUUGUUAAGAGGCAGUGUACUGUGUCCCAGAGAAGGUGAGUGAAACCACUUUGUGAGGUGGCACCCUGUCUGCUUGGAAUAGGGAAUAAGAUAACCUCAUGAAGGAGUGCAUCAAGUGCACUGCCUGGUUUCUUCCAGCAUUGCCUCUGCACCGUUAGGAAAUGGAAAGAAUUCAGAUUGAUAGGAAUGCUAAUCAGCAGUAUUUAUUUCACAAAGAACCCUCUAAAAAUACAAUUACCUAAGACCGUGAGUGUAUUACAUUGAUAUCUUUUAUUUUUUAUUGAAUAGUUUAACCACAGUGGCAGUUGAUUUGUGAGUUUCUUCUGAGAUGCAACAAAGACUCACAACAACGCUGAAACCAGCCUCAGAUUUGCAUAGCUGGUAAAAGGCCAGCCUGAAAGGAAAAUUGGCAUAAACACUCAAAAUGUUACAAAUUGAGCCCGUACCCUAAAAGAUUAAAAAGGUCAAUAUAAUAGUCUGAAGUAUUGCCUGCUAUGUACUGCAUUCAUUUUUCUGCUAUCCUUGCACAUCAUGGGCAGUGUAACCUGGGACUGUUAGCAUUCCCAUGGAAACAAGACAGACUGUGUUUUUGUCGCCAUGCAACAAGAGUCAGCCAGGAAUAAGUGGCACUGUUCCCAUAAUUGGCAGUAUCCCCAUAAUUGGCUGCUGGUGUAUGAAGAAGCUGAGGUGAAUGUAAAGGAGCAGAGAUCUGAAGCAGAGUUAGUUCUAUAUGUGAACAUUGAGGCUGGAAAUAAAUUGAUGUAAUUGAAAUUGGUUAGAACUGUCGACAAAUAGAACAUUGGAUUAGUAUUGAGUCUGGUUAAUGGUGAUUAUAGGAUUAAAACUGUGGUUGCUUUGAAUCUGGAGAAGGGUAUUACUGAAAAAAUCCACUGUUCACUCUCAUAUUAUCAGUCUAGACAAUGAAUGCUCUGCUAUUAGUGCAUGAAUUUCCUUUCCUGAGUUCAAAUGUAUCAAUAUAGAGACUCAGUGGUGUGGUGUGUUUCAAUCUGUUGAGUUCUCACCCAAACCCACGUUGAUGCAAAUUGAUACUAAAAUGUCAAUUUUAUUUGGAAGGCCAACAAGGUUGGCUACUGUGCCAAAUUUGCAUUAAUGUAGCCAUGGGCAUUCUGAGGUUUUCAUUAAUGCAGCUUUAAUCUGCAUCUGGCUGCAUUGAAUAGGUCCUGGCAAUGCUGUUGUUGACACUAAAUGCUGCAAAUGGCAAGAGAACUAACUUCAUUUUGAAAAGCAUAAUCGUCAUAAAGUACAAAACAUUUGUGAUAUGUAUUUUCAAAUUAUAAGCCAACAUGCCCCAUGUGCUGGUAGAAACAGUAAUAUUUAAUAGUAUGGAAGCUCUCAACCAUCUGGGUAUUAUUAGGUAUGCAAUUAAUUUGAAAAUCUGAUAUAUUCAGAAAUGAAAAUAUUUCUGAUCUUUGGAACAAUCUUUUCUUUUGGGAUUGUCCACACAAUGGGAGACAGUUUAACUAAUUCAAAACCCAAGCCAGUUGCACAGAAUUGGGAAUGGGCCCAUUCCUAAGUCUGGUGCCUUAAAUCUGCCUUUGGAUGAAGCUGGCAAGGGAAAGCCAGCAAAAUCUUGAAGCUUGCAUCAAUUUUGGUGCUGUUACUUAUUCGCUGGUAAGCAGGUUUCAACAUGGUGACAAGAAGCAGAUUGCCAGCCCAUCCAUCUAUUAAUUAGGUGGCUCACUGACUCAUACUUCAAUAACACUCAAAUUUAUCCCAUAAAUGGAAAUUGUUAGCUCCAAAAGCAUGCUUGAAAAUCUUAUGUUACAAACAGGAAUUUUCUGGCACCUAACUGUAGACAAUUAUCCAAUAAAUGUGCCAUAAUGUCAGAAACAGUUGGGCUUUAAUAAAAUUCAAAUGAAGUCUUAAAUAAACCUCAUCAUUGUGGAAGUGCAUGGAGUGAGCUAAUGGUGCCAAAAGUGAUCAGAAACAAAGUUUGAAAGUUACAGUGCAAUACAGCUACAAAACAGCAAUAGUUUGCAUUAUUUUUUUAAACUCCCUUAAGAAUCUUAUCCACUACAUCGCUGGGAAGUUUCUAUUUUCAGUGUGAUCACUCCCAACCAUCUGCCAUUCUAUUCACAAUAAUUCUUGAAUACUUACAUAUCUCUGUAAAACCACUCCCAAACGUUCACAGGUACUUACCAUUCUGUUUAAUUACUCCUGAAUACAUGGUGUUCUCCUUAUGAUAAUUUCCAGGUGUCAUCAAUUGCUAAUAUAAUUGUUCCUGUUGUGACUGUAAUGUACUUUUUGGCUGUUAUUGAUCUGUUAGUCAGCAGUUAGUGAGCAGUGGGUGAUAAUAGUAAUGCACUUCAAUUAUAUUGUCGGAAAAUUAACCAGAACAUUAAUGCAAUCUAUAGAAUCUAUAAAAACCCAAAAUUUGCUUUUGGUAAAAAAACACCUACCAUCAAGUUGAAUACAUAAUGGAACUAACAGAAAAGAUAAAUUUCUUUUUAAAAGUAUUAAUUUCUGAAUAGUUUGCUUGCUUGUUUUUCUAUUACAUCAGUGCUAUCAUGCUUGAACCAUGUGCAUGUUUCAGCCAUUUUUGCUAUCUGUGGUGAAGAGUCAGUUUGCUAUUUUUGCUGCCUUUUUUUGUGAAAUUCUAAAUGUACAUAAAAUGUUUAUUAUUAUUGACUUUUCAAAUUUCUAGUCAGUAGAUGUAGUGGGAACUCUGUAACGUAGUUUUGCAAAAGUGCACACCAGUAGAAUUUUAAUGAUAGAAGUGUUUGCUCGUUUAGACUAGGUGAGGAUUGCAGGAUCCAUUUUCAUUCAGCUUUGAGGUUACUCUGCAAUGAAUUCAGAUUCUCUUUUGUGGCACAUCUGGCUUUCCUCUUCUGGCCUCUGACACUGAAUUUGUUUCUACACAUCUCUUGAAAAGUUGAUACAGUUUGUUGGUGUAAGAGAAAUUGUUUUUAAUACUGCUUUUUGAAAGGCAAGAUACAGCUAAUGAAAUUCGCAUCCAGAAUAUUAUUCAGCAUUAAAAACCAGCAUCUAUCUCACUUUGAGAUUAUGGAUUCUUGUACCCGAGGCCUAUUUUGUUCCACUUCUAUUUGAUUACUGUGAAAGAGGAACUAUCAGUUUGCUUUGUAACUUCCCAUCUAACACUUGUAGUUUGAAUUUGUAUUCAUUUUAAUGUACAUUUGCAAGAUGUGUGUAAUUUAAACAAAAUACAUUUGAUGGAAGUCUUA